CCUUCCCUUUUCUCUCCCCCAGUUCCUGACGACCUGACCCCGGAGGAGCGGCAGGAGCUGGAGAAUAUCCGCAGACGCAAACGGGAGCUGCUGGAGGACAUUCAGCGUCUGAAGGAUGAGAUAGCAGAGGUCACGAAUGAGAUUGAGAACCUGGGAUCCACUGAAGAGCGGAAAAACAUGCAAAGAAAUAAACAGGUGGCCAUGGGUCGUAAGAAAUUCAAUAUGGACCCCAAAAAGGGGAUCCGGUUCUUGAUAGAGAAUGACUUGCUGAAGAACACCUGUGAGGAUAUCGCUCAGUUCCUGUACAAGGGAGAAGGCCUGAAUAAGACUGCAAUCGGAGAUUACCUGGGGGAGAGGGAUGAUUUCAAUAUUCAAGUUCUUCAUGCCUUUGUGGAGCUGCAUGAAUUCACGGACCUCAACCUGGUGCAAGCUCUACGGCAGUUCCUCUGGAGUUUCCGGCUGCCCGGAGAGGCCCAGAAGAUUGACCGCAUGAUGGAAGCGUUCGCCCAGCGAUACUGCCGGUGUAACCCAGGGGUCUUUCAGUCCACAGAUACCUGCUACGUGCUCUCCUUCGCAAUCAUCAUGCUCAACACCAGCCUGCACAACCCCAAUGUGAAGGACAAGCCCCCGGUGGAGCGCUUCAUUGCCAUGAACCGGGGCAUUAACGAUGGAGGGGACCUGCCAGAGGACCUGCUCCGGAAUCUGUACGACAGCAUUAAGAACGAACCCUUUAAAAUCCCAGAGGAUGAUGGGAACGACCUGACACACACCUUCUUCAACCCCGACAGAGAGGGCUGGCUCCUCAAGCUCGGUGGCCGUGUAAAAACUUGGAAGAGACGGUGGUUCAUUCUCACAGACAACUGCCUUUAUUACUUUGAGUACACCACAGACAAAGAACCCAGAGGAAUUAUCCCCUUGGAAAACCUCGGCAUUCGAGAAGUCGAAGACUCGAAAAAGCCGAAUUGCUUUGAGCUGUACAUCCCAGACAACAAAGACCAGGUGAUCAAAGCCUGCAAGACUGAGGCGGACGGCCGCGUGGUGGAAGGGAACCACACGUUCUACCGCAUCUCGGCCGCUGCCACAGAGGAGAAGGACGAGUGGAUCAAGUGCAUCAAGUAA